CCUGAACAACGAACCGCCCAUCCCCGUUGGGAACACACAGAGAACCAACCUGUGCGGCAUCCCACUCCAUCUCCUACGCUCCACCACUCUUCAACUGCUGUCGGGUCGCUUAGCUUCCGCUCGUUGUAAUCGGACUGGUCGGCCUGAUCUCACUCGUCUGAAAGGCUGCCUUGAAACGGAUAGGUUGGACGCGCCAGUAUUGCACCCAAUCCCGCCAUUGUCUCGGCUUCCCACGCCUGCCAGGAAGCAAGCCGGUCAGUGUCGGCACUACCUCCCGGUCGAGGCGGGAAGAUAUAGAGGGUCGUCUUCCAGCAGGAGUUGCCGCCCGCGAAAGUUUUGGGGGACUCGAAGUGUUUUGUUGGGCAGAGAACGGCGUUUUCCACUUCUACCUUUGCGAGGCCACAUCCCACAGAACAGCAGAGGGCCCAUAAACCCACAGCAAACGAAGAUUGUACUCGUCGUCAAUUUGAUAGUUUCCCUGAACAUAGAAACGGAAAGAUGAGCAGCCCUAGUGAACCUCACUUCUGGAACCAACCCCCAGGGGCACCCGCAGCGCCGACGGUUCCUACGUCCAACAUUCCGAACUUGGGAGUAACCUCAGCAUCUGCGCCUUUGCCACCUUCUUUGCCCACAUCCUCAACUGUACAGCAGCAACAGCCACAAGGCUCUGCGUCUGGGCAGCUGCUUGGCAUCUCACCAUUUCCGGCUGCGCCAGAUACUAAUGGCAAGACGCUUUCGAGCACCCCGUUUUCAUAUGGUUCCAGCUCGGCUCUGCCACCUCCGCCAUCCGCAAGUUCUAUGUACUCCUCGCCAAUUCCUCCCCCGGACGUUCAGGAUGGACGUCGCAUGAGCCUGAACCAUCACCCAAUGCCAUCGCUUCAGGAGCCAAUGAUGUCCCCACCGGCAGGUGCAACUGUCCCUGGUCUCCCAUCAGGAGGCGGGGCGUCGCCUAUGGAGUUGAGCUCUGCAGAGUCGCACGUAUUGGGAGGUCCCCACGGUGGAUCGCAGGAAUACAGACCGUUGAAUGUCAAGGAUGCUUUGUCGUACCUUGAUCAAGUGAAGAUCCAGUUCAACGAUCAGCCUGAAGUGUACAAUCGGUUCUUGGACAUCAUGAAGGAUUUCAAGUCUCAAGCCCUUGAUACUCCUGGAGUUAUCAGGAGAGUGUCCGGCCUCUUCCGUGAGCAUCCGGAGUUGAUCAGCGGUUUCAAUACCUUCCUUCCGCAUGGCUAUAGAAUCGAGCCUGGUCCGAACGGCGAAGUUAAAGUGACCACUCCUCGUGACGCGCCGCCAUACACGGAGAGUGUGAGCGGACUGCAAUCGCUGGGCGAGGGUGCUACGUCUGUCUCCAACGGGACCGCCUUACUUGGGAACCCUUCGAUUCCGAUUCCGGGAUACUUUGGCUCGAGUGGCCUCAACAGCUAUCCGCCUGGACCACUGUCCGCCCUACAGAUACCCCCUUCAAUCCCGCAGGGACCGAUACCACCGCCACCAUCGUACAGCGCCGCGAUUACCAGUGCGUCCAAUAUCAUCAACUCUAUGCAAUCGCAUGGAAGCAUGCUUGGACAAGGUCCGGCGCCGCCUGGGUCCAAACCACCUGGUGAUGACCGCCGUCCACCGGUCGAGUUUAACCACGCAAUCAACUAUGUCAACAAGAUUAAGAACCGCUUCUCUUCUGAGCCUGAGACGUACAAGCAUUUCCUGGAGAUUUUGCAGACGUAUCAGAAAGAGCAAAAGCCUAUUCAAGAGGUUUAUGCACAGGUUCAGAUCCUCUUCAAUGGCGCAAAUGAUUUGCUGGAUGAGUUCAAGCAAUUCUUGCCAGAACAUGGCAACGCCAACCCAUUGGGUGGAUUCGGCCGCCCCUGCGGUUUGCCCGUUUUAAGCACAAUCAACGGCAUGGCGGUGCCUCAAGUCCAGACGUCCAGCGGAGCGAAAUCCACGUCUCAGGUCACCGGGUCCGGCAAGAAACAACAGAGAAGGCCCGCGCCAAUGACGGGUAGCGGAGCAUCCUCCGUUGCCGGUGGAAUCGCUCCAGGAACCACGCCCGGCCCGAUCCCUCUACCGCCGCCGAAGAAGAAAGCUAAAAUCGGCAGACCAUCCGAAAAACCCAGCACGAUCGAGGAGCUUGAUUUCUUUGACAAGUGCAAGAAAGUCAUCAACAACAAAACCACUUACAACGAGUUUUUGAAGAUUCUGAAUUUGUUCAGUCAGGAAAUUAUCGAGGCUAAAGUGUUGGUUGAGCGCAUCGAGCCGUUCCUGAACCGUGCGCCUGACCUUCUUGACUGGUUCAAGAAGUUCGUCAAGUAUGAAGAUGACGAAGUUAUCUACAAUAUUCCUGCGGAGCGCCCGGACAUGAACGUGAACAGCCUCCGGCGGCUCGGGCACAGUUACCGCCAAUUGCCAGCAGACGUGCCACGACCAAAAUGCUCCGGCCGGGACGACCUCUGCAAUGAAGUCCUAAACGACGAAUGGAUCAGUCACCCAGUUUACGUCUCCGAAACGGGUUUUGUCAGCCACAAGAAGACGCAAUUUGAAGAGGCUCUCCACAAAUGUGAAGAAGAGCGUUACGAGUUUGACAUGAACAUCCAGUCCAACUUGCAUGUCAUUGGGCUUUUGGAGCCGAUAGCGAAGAAGAUCCAGGCGAUGGGUAUCGAUGAGAGGAAUCGGCUGAAGUAUUCCAAUGGGUUACCAGUAGGGUCAUCGAAAACCAUUUAUCAGAGGGUCAUCAAGAAAAUAUACGACAAAGAACGGGGUGCUGAGAUUCUGGAGGCUUUGCACUACAAUCCGGCCGUGGCUGUCCCGGUCGUGCUCAAACGAUUGAAGCAAAAGGAUGAGGAGUGGAAACGUGCUCAGCGUGACUGGAACAAAGUAUGGCGCGAAAUUGAUGCCAAGAACUACUACAAAGCACUGGACCACCAGGGCAUCCACUUCAAAGCCACCGACAAAAAGACCAUGUCCGCCAAGUCCCUCGUCGGCGAAAUCGAAACCGUUCACGCAGAACAGCGCGGCAAACGGGCCACCACGCUCAACCGCUACCAAUUCGAUUUCGCGUUCAAGGACCCAGAGGUCUUCAAAGACGUUCGCGCGUUGCUCCGGAUGCAAGCACAGAGCAGCGUCGACACUGACCGUCGCGUCAUCAAUCUCCUGAAUCAGUUCACGAAACGGUUCUUCCAGCUCGACCAGUACCCCGAUGAAGAGGAGAGCGACGAUGAGUCUUCACCUUCUAGUGAGGACUCGGAAUCGGAUGAGCGAAACGGGGAUCGCCAUCACGGAUCGCGCGGGGCGAAUUCUAGCAACCUUUGUCGUAAUGUCCUCACGCGGCAGACGGAAGGCACGCUGCCCAAUGGACGCGGCAUUGGCGACUCUGGGGAUGAUCUUAUGGACACGGAAGAUGAUGGUGAUUCUAUGAAGCCUACAGGGAAUGCAUCGACUGCUGCUGAUCUUCAUCCCAAUGCCUUGGAACUGGAUCCGAUGGAUUUGGACGUUGGCGAGACGAGCGCGGCUACUACGGAUAAUGGGGAAGAGCGGAGACCCACAUAUGUCUUUUAUGCCAAUAGCGCGUUCUAUGUUUUGAUUAGGCAAUAUCAGCUGCUGUACUCUCGCUUGGUGAAGAUGAAAGAAAUGGCGAAGAAGCUUUCUGACGAGCCACCAACGACCGACAGAAAAAGCUCGAUUGCCAAGGAGCUCGGAUUGCAGAAGGACUCGAUGUCAACCUACGCUGACGUGGACCGCUACAAUGAGCUCCUGCAGGCGUGUUUCGCUUUCGUGACCGGGGAUUUGGAAGGGUCUGAAUUCGAGGACAAGGCCAGAUCUUUGUUUGGUACCUUUGCAUAUCUGGUGUUUACGGUGGACAAACUCUGUCAAGCCAUCAUCAAGCAGGCACACGCUGUAGCAACGGACCAGAAGAGCCUGGAGAUCGUCAAAAUGUACUACGCCGAUCGCGCAAAGCAUAGCACGAGUCCCCGGCAGGAGGCCAUGUACCGAGUCAACUCGGAGGCGGUUAUUCAGGAGGAGAACCUCUAUCGAUUGGAAUACUUUGUGGAUGAAUGCGUAUUGACAAUGCAAUUCCUCUCGAAAGACGAGCAUAUUACCGACCACUCCGUCUCGCAAGAAGACCGUUGGUCACUCUACAUCGACCGCUUCGUGCAGCUCACCAACACCAACACUGACGCCCUCCCAGUGAGUAUCGCUGCCCCCACACGGGCGACGACCCGCAGAGAACCCUUCUUGAAACGGACGUUGCCAAGCUCAGCGCCCGAGGAACCACCCCUGGACGUGGAAGCCCGCAGCGGCAUCGAGAUGAAAGUCUGCGUCAACACCUACAAAGUUUUCUUUGUGGCCGGAACCGAGGACUUCUUUGCACGGGUCGGCCCGACGGCCAGGAAAGGCGUCCUGACCCCCGCUGCUGCCGAGGAACACGGGCGGAAGAGGAAAGCCCGCAUUGAUGGUUGGAUUGAAGGGCCUUCGGGGUGGAAACGGGGGCUGACUGCUGAGGAGGCUGACAGGAACCUGAAGGGAUUUGAGACGUGGUUGAGUGGACAAGGCGAGGGACGGCUUGUGAAGCGCGCCCGGCGGGACGGUGCGAAUGAGUGGAGGAGCGGGAAUGCGGCCGCUGGAAUUUCCUCUUUUGCGGCGGCAGUGGGGCCCGCGUCGACGGCAGUGGAGAUAUCGCCCGCGACGCCAUCACCAACGACGGGUCUGCCGGCCGUACCGGCCGUGCAGCCUGUGCCUGAGAGCAGUGGUGCAUCGGCACCGAUGGAAGGAGUCGUGCAGGGCGGGGCCGACGCUAUAUGAGAUAUUUUGGGAACGGUCCUUUCGGUCGGGGCGGAUACUCGACUAAUACCUAGCGUGAUUCCGGGUUUUCCUUUCACCCUUCACAUAUGGCCGCCAUCUUUUCCGCAAGCGGCCCCAUAUAGACUCCUCUUUGCUACGGGGCACAUACGGGUACCCCUAUCUUGUAACCCCUCAUAACACGUGUACCGCGGCUUUGUUUUGAUAUUCGUUCGGAGUUUUGAAGAGAUAUACACACAAUAGCUUUUUGUGAAACUGGU